AUGUCGCAUCGAGUAUCCGAUCGACACAAAUGUAGAUAUUGCGUUCUCUCGAACACAGAAAGGAGUCGGUCAAAUAACAGUAUGUCAUGGCCUCCGAAUGCCAUCUUUGAUGGAAACUUUGGCAAUGAUCAAAUUAGAGCCUCCAGAAUAGAAGGAGACUUGCAGGGUGUGACUACUGUCCUUUUGGUCUCAGCCCGUCCCGGAAAAUCCGUGCCUCCGGUAGGUCUCCUUACAAAAACUGCUCGUACUUUUGUACAAGAUGGAGCAAGUACUGAAUUUGCGACGCAAGUUCUUGGUACGACAUUAGAUAAUGGACGCCUGUAUGCGAGAAUUUUGUCUACCUCAAGUAGAGUAUUUUAUGAUAAAGAAUCUUCGGUAGAUCCUACUAGUCCAUACGUCGUAUACCCCUCGAGAACAAUAGAAUAUGACUGGCAAUCAAAAGUUGAUUUGACCAAUGCUCCGAUUAAAGCCAUCGAGGAAAUAGAAAUAAAAGAUAAGAAUAAAGAUAUAAUAGGAAAUCAUUCAGAUAACCAGCGUAGAUCAAACGAUAAUAAGGAAACGACAAUAUUGGACGACUUAACCAGAGAGAAUGAUAUAUUUAGUAAAAGGGAAUUAGGCUCUGAACUUCAAAGAUUUAAACCGGUUAAAGUGAGGCCUGCUGAUAAUUUACCAACUUACACUGUCAAACAGGAAUACAUUUCCAAUAAUUAUGAUUUCUUUGAAAAUGAACAACCGAAAACUAGGACGCGUCUUCCAAAAGUUUUUAAACCUACGGUAAAACCUACGCAGAGAAAGCUCGACAACAAGCCAUUAGCUACUGUCACUUAUCAUGGAUUUGCUGAUUUUACUACUACAGUUGGCGAUACUGUUAUAGUGUUCUCUCCUAGUACCUCACCAGCUCCUGUUGGGCGUCCAGCUACCACGAUUAAAGGUGAUGCUACACUUAGACCCGACGAUGGUGUAGCAGUUGUCAAAAUUAGGCCUACCGUUGUCUCCGGGGAUCACAAACCAACGGAUUUACCCUUUACGAAAUCUGACAAGCAUACAGAAGCUAGUAUAAAUAAUGAGACAGAUGAAUUAUUGGAUAUUAUCAAUGGAGGUAAUAUUCAGCCAAGUGUUGUUGAAGAACCCGAAAUCGAAUCAUCUUCUAGGUCUACCGAUCCGUUAUUGUUAAUACCUGAUAUAGGAACAAAUUCGAUCAAACCCACGGGUCUUCUUAAAGUUAUAGAUUCCAUGACAUCUUCCGAUGGUACUACCACUCGUUAUAAGAGUCUUAUUUAUGGUACAUACAUUGGCACCAAUUAUGCCCAAGUUAUUCAUACUUCUUCUAACGUAUACUUUUUCCCUAACACUGCUACGAUAACGAAUAAUAAUGACGAAGAUACUACUGAAGAAUAUGAAUAUACUAAUAUAAAUGACGAUGAACAAGAACAAGAUACGACCAUCGAAAUGGCUAUUAGUACAACACCGCAAGUAAUCACGACUAGCGAAGAAGCAUCGCCAGAAAUGAACGAAUUAACGACUCCAUUCAAAGACACCACCGACAGCGUCUUAACAACGUUAAAAGAUAUUUUAGAAAGUGCGAGAAAAGUUUUAGGAACAACUGACUCUGCAUUGCCAACAUUCGACGAUGUGAUACCUAACGAUAUUCUUUCUGGGGAUCCUCAAGGACGUAGCAUCAAAGGUGGAUCAUCUAAAAACGAAUAUGAUCAAGCAAAAAAUAAUGUACAACAAGCAGAUUCCGAUGAUGCGAAACAACAAAUUACAUUUGCAACGAAACUCCUUCCUUCCACUGUAUACGAAACAUUUACGUAUUACACAACUUUCUUCAUUCCUGAUAGCAAUGGCGGUACGACUACGUCGAUAAAAUCGCGAGAAGUGACAUCUUCCGAAGUUACUUUCUUGACGGAAUUAAUUUCGCCAAGUUCAACCGAAAGCUUCAUUUAUCCUACUAAAUCAGAUACCUCGAUAAUAUCGCAACAGAUUACGAAUUUGCAAUCACAAUUUGAUCAGGAACAAACUACAAAACAAGACGAAGAGAUAGAAUUAAUAUUUAAAACGUUAUAUACAACGUAUACAUACUUGACAACAUUUUUCCAAAAAGAUACGUCAAGUAUUUCUAGUAGAGAGGUAGUUGAAACUAAUGUCAUUACGCAAACUGUUGGACCCAAUGGUGUGUCAGCUGCAGUAGCUAGUCUUUUUGAAAAAGAGGAGCCUAUCCUAAUAAGUCCCACCGAGAUAUCACAGACUAUCUUGCCAUCAAUAAUUUCUCAACAAGGUGGAGAAGAUUUAUCAACAACUCCAGAGUAUUCAGAGUUUACAGGAAAGGAAAUUACAGAGGGUAGUUUGACCACUGUUCUGGAUGACGAAACUACGAUCAGUGAACAUAUUAGUACCGUACCAACAGUGUCCGAAGAUGAAUUUGAAGAUACUGAAAAGGAAAUAACUCAACUUGAAGCCAGUCCAAUUUCAUCAAAUGGUAUAUCAACUGGUAUAAUGAAACAUCAGUUGAAGACCUAUUAUACAACGUACACAUAUUUUACAACCACUUUUGUCGAUGAUGAAACGGAAAUAGAAACGAGGACGGAAGUAUUCACCAACGUUGUGACAGAAACUAUUCAAUCUAGCCCAACAAUUACUGUUUCGCAAGAAUCCACAUCGUCUACGUUGCAACCUCAGACUACUCCUAAACCAGCAGUUCCACCAGAAAUCUUAGCAUAUUUGGAAGCACUUCAAAGACAGAAAUCUCAAGAGGAAGCUUUCUUAUUGGCAAAAAAAGUUCAAGCGGAAGCUAAUUCUCCGGAACAAGUUAACAGUCCAAGUGAGACUACAUUGAUCACUGAAGCGAUCACCGAAGAUUUCACUGAAAUUCCAACGACAUUGGAACAACAAUCUUCUACUGAAAAUAUAUUUCGUGAUAUUGAAAUCAAUGGACAAGUGACACCAAAUCCUCCUAUAAAUGGUGAAGUUUUAGGAUCAAUGAUCACGGAUGUUCUUUCAUCUUCCAGUUCUGGUGGUGGUACUGUUUUGGAUGUUAUGGAUAAAAGAAAUGCCGUGCCAGAAGAUCAAGAAUUAUCAGAGUCAAAUCACCAGGACGUUGAACCUCCACCGACGCUCCUACUGCAAACUAGUUACACAACAUUCACUUAUUUUACGACAAUGUAUAAAGGUGAUUCGUCUAAUGUUGCCAGUCGUCUGGAAACGGUAACGAACGUUGUCACCGAAACUAUAAGACCAACGGCUGCGUUACCUGCGGAGUCAAGUACAUUACCAGUUACUUAUUUCACAACCUUUACGUAUUGGACAACAUUCUACAAAGGUGGCGAUACCCUGACAACGAGUCGUGAAGAAACAGUUAGUACAGUUGUAACUCCAGAUGUCGCAGCUACGCCAACUAUACAAUUGGAAAUGAUAAUGACAUAUAGACCAGAUUCAACAUCAUCGUCAUCGUUGAUCGAAGAACAAUUGUUUAGUGACACUAAAGCUAAGAUAACAGCUGACAAUGAAGUUACACCGUCAGACAUUCCACUGCUUGAACAAUCUCUUUCAGAAGCAACUACAACUACUAAAGAAAGCAACGAUGAUAUAAUAACUGAAGACACCUCGAUCAUUAGCUUAGAACCAACAACGUUCUAUACUACAUAUACAUACUUUACAACAACGUACGCAGGUAACGAGACUAUUUUAAAUAGUAGAUUAGAAACUGUAACUAGUGUCUUCAAACCAAAUACUACGGAACCAAAAGCAACUGGACGCGCAAUUGGUAAUGGCAUAUAUCCUGAAGUUCAAGGAUUAGAAAUAGAAAGUAAAUCUAUAGCACCAUCGAAGGCCGUAGAAAUUCCUAAAACAGGAUUACUAUCCACUAUUCGUUCUAGUAAAAUUCAAAAUGAUGUUACAACGCAUUAUAUGACCGAUGUAUAUGGUACCGUCAUUGAUGGUCUUUAUGCACAAGUUAUGGAAAGUUCAACUAGUUUAGAAACAUCUUCGGUUUUAGCUACUCCUGUACUUCCUACAGGAGUACUGUCCUUAAACAAAGGUAGCGUGAUAGAUGCAGAUGGUAUAACUACUGUUUAUUUUACAACCAAGCAGAUUGGUACUUUAAUCGAUGGUGUAUAUGCAAAAGUUAUCGAAAACAGUUCUAGUACCAAAAUUGACGAGACCAAAAAGCAAACUAUUUCAUCGACCCCCAAACACAGAACCGGAUUGGUGCGAUUGAUCGAAGGUCAAAUUGAAAAUGAUGGCAUCACGACCUAUUAUCAAUCCAAAGUUAUUGGCACUAGUAUCGAAGGCAGAUAUGCACAAAUAAUUGAAAGCACUUCCAGUUUUGCAUCUACCGCAGCAACUUUAAGUAUUGCACCAACGUCAACGUUACUACCAAGUACUUCGAUAGGAAUCGUUGAAAUAUCGCCAUCACCUGCCGUGAUUCAAUCAUCUUUAUCGGAAGAUCCUACAACGGAAUCUCCGGGACAGAACGAGGAUUCUGAGGAAAAUGAAGAGAAUGAAGAAGAGGAUGAUCAACAAGAGGACGAUCGAAGUUCAAGGAAAAAGUCACGAUUAACAUUCUCAUCGAGGAAAAAAUCAUUUACUCCAGUAAUUAUACCAUUUGCAUCUAGAAAUCGACCAACAUUUAACCCAAAACGUAAAGGGGCACAAGGUGCAACAACUAUUACCAGAACAGAUAUAACACCUACCAUAACUGCAACGUUAGCUGGUAAAGGUAAUAGAUUCGCAUCGUCAAGAGGACGCGUUAGUUCACCUAUCGGGCCAUAUUCUUCUACGGUGUCACCGUCCAGUUCGAGAAGAUUUUCUGGAAGAAGAAAUACGGCAUCAGCAACGAGUUCUAUCAAUUCGGCAACAGUAGGAGCUCGAGGUAGAGGAGCAUCUAGAAUAUCACCGUCGUCUAUAGGAAAUAGACGGGCACCUGCUACUAUUAGAGGUUCUUCAAGAGGUUCACAACGUGGCUCAAGUUCCAUAUAUCCAGGAGCAUCGUCCAGAUACAGACCUGGUAUACGAGCAUCAUCUACUUUACUACGAGGACAAUCGACUAUCAGGCAAGACGAUCAAGAUAAUGAUGCCAAUGAAUUCACCACGACUACUUUAGUGACAGAAGAAACGCCUUAUACCCAGGAGACCGAUGAUGGGGAAACGGUUACUGUACCUCUUCAAACAACAACUGAAUCUUCUCGAAGAUCUACGAAUCCACUUUUAAGAUUCCGUAGACCGAUUAACUUUAAUAGUGGUUCGUCAAGAGCAAGCACAACUCCGAAGCCCACCAAUCGAAACAACAAAUCCAACUCGCCUAGCAUACCAAAUCGAAACGUUGGCUCUCGAUUAAAUAAUAGAUCUACUCCGCCAACGCCGACUAGACCUCGUCAAACAAAUGCAGGUUUCUUUCCGCCUCGUGGAUAUUUUAGCAGGAAACAGGAAUCGAUUGUAGAAGAUCAGAUCGAAGAUACUGAUCACGAAGAAGAGGAAGAUAUCGAAGAAGAUCCAGUUGAAGAAAUUGCGGAUAACGAUUAUGAAGGUUCAGAACAUGAAGAUAAAACUACGGCUACAAAUAUCAAUGCCAAUCGUCGUUUUGGUAAAACAACUGGUCCAGUUGCACAAAUCAGACCAUUUGGGUUAUACGGAAGAGGAAAGAGGGUUCGUCGGCAGGCAAAUCAAUUGAGAUCAUUAACCAGUCGUUUUCGAAAAUCCAAGCCGAUAGCAACCAAAACCGAUGAAAUGAUCGACGUUGUUGGUAGUCCAUCUAAUGUUGAAGAUACAACUAAAGCAUCGAUAAAACCAGUUGCUCGAUACAGUGCUCGUACUAGAACUUCAACAGGUCCACGACUUAAUCUGAAGUCAUCAAAUAAUCAAGAAAAAUCGCAAAUGGACACGACGGAAACGUCUGCGAGUCAAUCAAAUAAAGCUACUAAUGGAAGAACGAAACAAAUUACUAAUAGCAACAGCAGAACUACAUCCUCGAGGAUAAAACCUUCCCCGACGUCAGGCAAUAGUAGACAAUUUACUCUGAGGGAGAAAGAUUCGUUACAAACUAGAUCUAGUUACAAGUCGAGGUCGCAAUCCUCGGGAGCUAGAACUACCAGUAGAACAACGAACAAAGCAACAGAUAAUGUCAAAGCAAGACCGCCAAGACUGAGAACUAAUUCUGGGAAAAGUCAAGUGGAAUCGAUUAAUAGUUCGCGUAGAGUUUCUCCUUCGCGUGCUACUUCCAGAACUCCAAAUAGAAACGGAAGUACCAGAAGAACUUCGCAAAAGGGAAGAACUUCUCACGAAGACAUUAGAGAAUCUCCAAUGAUUUAUCCAGAUUUUGAUGGAACCAUAACAGUAACUCAUUAUGUACCAACGGAAGUAACCAUACCUGUAGUAAAUAAUGGUGUAACCGAGCAGCGCAAUAUUAUAACGGCUCACCCCAGUACUGAAGUCCUUGGUCCUUCUCAGUACAGCACUGUUACAGGUGGCGAUGGUCGACCACUGGUAGUUAUCGUCAGCGAAGCUACAGGUAUUAAUAGUCAAGGUCAAACCGAGAUUACACGAUUUUUGCUUCACGAAACGCCUACAACGCGCGUUUCUCAUACACUUACCACUUUUGGUGGUCGGAGAGCUUCACAAUCAGUGAUAGUACCUACAACAGUUUAUUCAGUUGAAAAUGUAGUUUCUACAAUACGACCUUCUCUGCCUACAAAUCCACCUCUUGCGAAUAUCCUUUUAUCACAAUUGCUUCUGGGUCAGCUAAAUCCACAGAACCAAUUACUACAGCCUCAAGGUACACCCACUACGCAAUAUAACACGCGUACCACUACCUACGUCACUACGAUUACGAAACAUCAAAGCACCGUCAUUCCACUUACCUUCCGCGGUAAAGAGAUCUUAACUACUUUAAUAGACUCCUCAAGCGACAUCGUAACCGCAACGGAAUUUAUCACGGACACUGUUGUAGUCACACCAACGGCAACUUUACCAGCUGCGAAUUUGAACUCUUUACUCCUGUUGCUUCAACAACCCCAACAACAAAUACAACCCAAUUCAAAUCCUUUGUUGGAUCCCUUGUUUGCCGCUGCUCCGUUGUUAACGCAAAGUAAUACUUUACCGGGUGAAGUUGAAAGGCGACAUCAACCGGCAGAUUCGGAUUAUAAACCAGACAGCUAUGAAUAUUCGGACGAAGAUCUAGAGGAAUAUGAAAAACCAUCGCGAGUUCGAGGUGGACGGGGUAGGUCUCAUGAUAGAAGAGAAGAUCAAUCAGUUACUUCGAAAGCUGAAUCUAGCGUGGUGACGCUUUAUGUCUCUGGCCGAAGACCUGGAGAAUUUAGCACCGUAUUGAGUACUGUUAAAAUUGGAGAACAAGCAACAGCAUCCAGAAGACGAAGGAAUAUAAAUAGAUCUGUUAAAGUACAACCAUCGAUUCCACCGUCCUUACACGCGGGCUCAGAAACAUAUGCUAUUCUGACAGGAAGCGAAGAUACCGUCGACGCACAUACGCCAACGCAAAGCCUUGAAAGUGUAGUAGAAGAAUGCAACAUUUCAGGGGAGCAACAUAACGGCCUAAACGACAACAUUAAUCCAGCUGAGGAAGAAUAUAGCAGAUCGUUAAAUGAUGAUAGCGCAUAUGUUGAUAACGAAGAAAAUCAGGCCUUUGAUAGAUCUGUCUCAGAUGAUACUGACGAAUAUCCCGAAAUUAGACCACGUAAAAAAGUUAGAAUUCGUAUUCCCGUAAUUCGAAGUAAAGUUCCAAAGAAGCAUAAACUCACCGUGGUCAGACGUAGACCUUUAAUACCAUUAACUAGAAAUGAACAAAUUAUACAAAAUACUGUUCAAACGCCCAAAAGAAUUGUCACGAGAGUUAGAGCAUUAGGAUUAGCACAUACCAGACCCUCAAUUAUUGAUGUAACUGAUCUAGAAAAUCUGACAUCCGAGACUACACGUCACAAAAUUACAAUUACACGAAGAAGAAAACUCGAACCAACAGCGAGUACGGUGACACCGAAAAGAGUAAGAAUUACUAGAAAAAAAUUAGUUGCCGUGAGACCUAUAGAACCAACGUCAACGUUAGCUAUUAUUACUACAGGUUUUUUUACUGCAUCUUCAGACUAUAGUGACGAAUAUGAAGACGAAGAAAAUAUAGAAGAUAUCGAAGAUGAAAAUCAUCCUACUUCUACUCCUAGUCUUGAAGAAACACCUAAUAUAAUUGAAAGUAAACCAGAAGAAGAAGAAGAAUUCAGUGAAUUUAUAUCAUCAACAUUAAGCGUAACAUCGGUAUACGAAAUUAUUGAUGAAAUGCCCGUAAUAAUUACAGACAAUUUUUUCUUUCCACCAUCUGAUGACGAGGAAGAUGAAAGUUACGAAGAUGAUAAUUAUACAGAAACAACAACGUCUGAUGUAUCUACUUCGUUGAAUGAAAAAGACAAUAAAGUACACCAUGACGUUCAAUUAGAAAAUGUUGAUGUUACCAAAAUUACAUCAAAUAUAAAUGAAGAAACCCUCACAAAUCCUGUCACAGAAUCUGAAACAUUAAAUAAAAAUAGAACAUCAAAUACAGAUACUGUCGACGUAUCAUCGGCUAGCACUGCAACAUUGUUACCGUCAAUAACAAUAAUAGAAUCAACUGACGUUGUAAAUGAAAAUAACAAUCAUGAGCUUGAUAUAUUCAAUUCUACUACGGAGACUUUACAUGAAAUUAUAGAGACAACGACUCCUUUAUCGGAAGGAGAAACAACUACUGUAGAAGAAGAAACAACUUUUGUAACAGAGGAAACACCUACCAUACAAGAGGAAACACCUCCCGUACAAGAGGAAACACCUCCUGUACAAGAGGAAAUAACUCCCGUACAAGAGGAAAUAACUCCCGUACAAGAAGAAACAACUCCUGUACAAGAAGAAACAACUCCCGUACAAGAAGAAACGACCCUUGUACAAGAAGAAGAAACUACUCCUAUAAAAGAAGAAGAAAUAAGUUCUUUACAGGAGGAAGACAAAUUUUCUGUACAAAGAAAUGGUGGAAUGACAGAAGCUACCCUUUUUGAUAAGCUAAAUACAUUUAUUUCAACUGAAAAAACAAGUACCACUACUGUAUUUGAAGAAUCGAUAGAACAAAGUACCAUAGUACCAGAUGUAACAGAACAAUCAGUGCCAACUAUUUCAGAAACAAUAAAAACUAAUAUAGAAAGAAAUUCUGAAUCCUUAUCAAUAAGCAACGAUAUCAAAGAUUUGGAUACAAUGAAAGAUAUUAUUAAUACUUCCAUAAAUGAUUUGACAGAUACCAGUCUAACUUCAAGCUCUAACGAAGAACAAAACGAUGAUGAAACGUUAGCAGUAAAACCUAUACAGUCGUACAAUGUAUUUGAAACCCCUUCAAUUCUUAUUCCAAUAAAUACACCCGAAACAGUAAUUGAUAUUACGUCCGGUUUGAAAACUUCUGAUUUAAAAAUAUCCUUAACACCAAAUUCCUCUAUUGCUUUUAACUUCGAUGAUUCUUACAUACCAAGCGUAAUUCCUCUUAAUGCAGAGUAUACCAUAUCAAAUACUCCAGAAAUUCGAAUUAAAACAACAAAUGUUUUAACUUUCAAUCUUACAACAACUAUUCCUUCGCCCACGCCAGAAGAUAUCGAGGCUGGUUUGGCUGAUGAUCUUUAUCUAUCAUUAUCGCGCCCUGAUUUCUCCGAAAUCGUAACAUCCAAAUCAGAAUCAAUUGAUAUAGAAUCCAAAUCAACAUCAUCCCAAUAUAUCCCGUUAGAACCUAGUACAAGCAUUUACUACACAGAGACAAUAGUAACAUCAACACGAUUGAGAACCUAUACAUACAUAGUAACAAAACUGAAUGGACUCGAAACGCAAGUGACAUCUUCUACGACCAUUAGACCGAGAGUGACGACACUCACUUUGACGGUGCCCAUCACGGUGACUGUCACUCCCACCAUGGAGUCAACAGUCAACACAUAUUCAUCUAUAUGUAAUGCAGUAUCUGUUUUUGGAGAAGAUAAAUCAAGAGAAGAGGAAGAGGGAAGAAAACUUAAUCUAGCAACACGUGUCAUGUCUAAUGGAGUAGAAGUUAUUGUAGCAGGACCAACUCCAGCUUUGAGAUGGGAAAAUUCAAAUCCUCAACCAACCUUGACAUUAUCAGAUACAGUAGUUAUGUUAUUGCCACAAGAAAAGUCUAACGACUUUGUUACGAAAACAUGUACUACUACACUCACGUAUUUUGGAACAAUUAAUAACAGUGGAAACUCUGUUAUUCCUACAGAGGCUGUACAUAAUACAGCUACGGAAGAACGUCACAAGAAACCUGGAUCAGAAACAGCAACUGAUGUCUUAGAACCAUCCCCAACAUUACGUACGGGAGUGCACAAAACGACAUAUACGUAUUUAACCGUAGACACAAAUCAUGCUAAUAUGGAAGAUUCACUGAUCACUAAUACAAAAGUUGUAACAAAUAAAAUCACAACGCCUCAAGACUAUUUACAUAUGAUGUUGGAACCCUCAGAAGUAUCACAUCCAGAAACAAAUACGUAUUUAAGUACGAGAAUAUUGGAAAAAACUUAUAUGGAAGAUGGUCAUACUAAAGUGAAAACAAGUGAUACAAUUACUCAGUUAAUAGCAACUGAAUCUGGACCACCACCUAAGCCUACCAGUGUCAUUACUACUUUAACAGCUUUAGAUAGUACUGAAGAAUCUAUGACUGAUAUAAUGAAGACUUAUUAUAUCACAUAUACAUACUAUAAUACAUUGUUUGAGAAAGGUACAUCUUUUAUACGUACAAAUGUUGCAACUUCAACAAAUGUUGUUUUAGAAAAAAUUCCUAUAAAAGAUACAUCUACGACAAAAAUCACACCAAUCAGUUCUACACCCGAACCUAUCCAAAUUUUUGCUACCAAAACGUAUCUUACGACGUUUACUUACUUCACAACACUUUUACAGGCUGGGCCUGAUGGUGAAACAUCAACAACCAUAUCAUCUCGUUCUCACAUUAUAGAGAAUGUGGUAACAGAAUCAAUAGCACCAAGUUUACUCGACGCUGGUUACAUGAAUGCUUUACUCACGACAGCGUAUCAUUCUGAUCCAGUAAAGAAUGUGGUUACUGGUUCAACAAUUAUUUUCUUUGAUGAGGAAGAUCAGAUUGAUCCAACUGCAUCUAGCAGCUUAGUAGAAUCUACUACAUCUCUUGGAACAGAAAAAGAUGAAAAAUCUUCUGAGAAUUUAUCAUUGAACGUAUUAGCUAGUGUAUCUUCAGAUUCAGCAGAAUCAACUAUCAAUCGCAUUGACUAUGUAAAUAAUCAGGAUAAUAAUAAUAUUACAACGUUGUUGAAUAAUACUACUGAACAUAAACAACCUUCAACCCAAGAAGGAGGUGACAUUCAACUGAGCAAUCUUCUACAUCUAGGAUCUUUAGGGAUUAAUGGUCUAUCUGCUUUGAAGCCUGUAAUUACAGCAAUGGCUGGUUUAUUACAAGGAAAAUCUGCAACUCGUAGAAACGAUACAGAACCUUCAUCAGUAAGUCAAGAAACUACUACACAAAGAUCACCUAUCUACAUUCCAGUAGCAGAAUUUGCUGAUGAUGACAUUGAAGCUGCCGAAAGUCAGAAUAUAGCUACUCAUUUGGUCAAUCCUAAGCACAAUCACAUAGCUGAAACAAGACACAAAGUUACCAGUAGUUUAGCCGAUGGAAUACCUAUUUCACCAGGUGAAGUUAUAACAGCUAAUAGCGAUGUCAUUAUUGGGAAACCUGGCAAAAUGGCACCAAGACCACCUCAAAAUUUUGUUAAUGAAGAUGAACAUAUUGGAAUGAAACCACCACCAUUACCAGUACCAAAUAUUCCUGUCCAUCCAGUUUUAGAAAUUCUUCAAAACAAUCGUGAAGAUUUUCAAGAACAACAUCCUCCUAAAAUUUAUAAAGAACAACUACAAAUUAUACCAUCUCAUAGGAUUUAUGAAGAACAUUUAAAAAUCCCACUUUCUAUGUCACUAAAUGCAAAACUUCAAGUAGUUCCAACACAACCUCAGAAAUUGCAUCCUGUUGAGUCUGUUCAGACAAAUAAGAUUGAAUUAAAACAUGAAUACAUACAGCAUGAUCCUUUAUUGAAACCACCUGAUAAGCCAAGUAUAGAUAAACAUGUAAACAAGCAGCCCGAAUGGAGUACAGAUGGGUCUAGGGGACCAUGGGGAGCAACAAAUCCAUUAAAACCACCUGCAUUGCCAGUUACAUUUGGCGACCUUUAUUCAGAGAAUUCUGCAAAUGAUAAAUCUUGGUCUACAUCGUUUAAACAACAAAAGAAUCCAAAUUGGGCACAAAAAGAUUCUUUUCUCCCUGAUGGUUCACCUAAAAUUCAAACGUCAGAAACACAAUCAUCUCCAUCCGAACCGAUCGUUCACCAAGUCCCACAUAUUAUUGAUAGAUCAACAGGUCAAUCUUUACUUGUUAAUAUUCAACCUAGUCAAGUAGCAAAUGUUAUGAUUCCUCAAGAUGGGACACAGGCUUUAAUAUUUGGAGAUACAGGAGAACGUCACAUAAGUGGCCAAUAUUUCGACGAUCCAUCGCCAUAUCCAGAACCUGAAACUGGUCCUGGAUUUGUUGGAAUCCAAAAGGCAGAGGAUCUAUUUCAAAAUUUACAUGGGAAAGAUCCACUGAAUUAUAUGGUUCCGCCAUCACCGCCAAAUAAUUUCAAAUCAGCUAUACAAAAAACAGAUUCCUCCAACAGACAACACAUUAUCAGGCUGCCGCAAGUUCGUUUCGAUCAUAUUAAACCACCGAAUAAGCUAGAACCACCUUUUACCAGACCUGAUAGGAGACCAGCAGAAAUUCAUGUUUUGAAACAAACCCAUCAAAGUAGCAUAACAAAUGGCCAAGGCUUCGUUCACAGUGAAAUUUUAGUUCAUCAUAGACCAGAAACUUUAAACUUACAAUUGGUUUCACAUCCACCAAUUCUGUCUAAUGAUCAUCCCACUAAUUCAUUCUCUUCUAAUGGACAAUUUGUCAACAAUCAAAAACCUAUAAAUACUUUACCAACUGUUCCAUCUAGACGAGCAGAAUCAACUGGCCCAACUGAAAUACCACAUAUAUUUAUGUAUCACAAUAAACCAGAUUCAGGAAACGAAGUUAUUUCGAACACUAAUUGGAAAUUAAACAAAAAACCACCAAGGAUUACUCUGAACAAUCGCUUAAGACCUCAAUCCGUAUUAAGACCAACCAUUCAUAGACCCCACAACAGCAGGCCGCAUAUUGAAAAACCUAUGAAUUCUCUUACCACAAAAACAACAUAUCCUAUGUCUCCAAAAUUACCGUUCAAAUCACAUAAUACUGCUCUGUUACCUCAUCAAAUUUCAUCGAAUACAUAUUUACAAUACGAGCUUGCAAACAAGUUAGUAUCAACAGGAAUGAAAAAUAUGAACAAUGUAACAAAUCAAGGAAUUACUCAUAAUUACCAAGUAAACUUUCAAGAUCGAUUACCUCAAAGUAAUUCGGAAAAAACGAAUUUGCCAAACUCCUACACGGAAGAAUCUAUUACUAAAUGGAAUAAUGAUCAGGUGCCCACUGGAGCUAUAGAAUAUCAUAAUCCUUCGUAUUUCAAAAUAAAAUCGGGAAAUACUGAAUAUCAUUCUCCGAUGAUAAUUACUAAUUCCAAGAAUCACACUAUUGAUUCUAAUAUACAAAACCAAUCAAGGCCAUUAGAUUCUGAGAUUGCUGAAUCAGAACAUAUAAAAUCACAUCAAAAUAUUGAUUCAAGCGAAAUUAAUUAUGAAAAGAAACAAAAUGUGGUAAUAAACAAUACAGAUUCUGUAAACAAUUAUGGAAUAAUUAAUGCAGGUAAUAUUCCUCAUGGUAAACCAUCAAUUACUGGACAAGAUUUUACGUACAAUCAAAAUGAAAAUACACCCAUUUUAUAUGCAGGUGAACCUUUCAAAUUAAAAAAUAAUAGCUUUAGCUCGCAAAAUGAAACCUUCUACGAUACGAAACCAUUUGAGGUACCUGUUGCAAACAGCAAGCCACAUAAAAUGUAUGAUAGCAAUGCUGAUCAUGAUAAAAAUCAUGAAUAUAGAGAAAAAGAAAGUGAAUUUGCUUAUGAUACAGUUCAAGAAUCUUCUUCUAUUUAUCAGAAUAAUCAAAAACCUUUGAUGCAUCAUAACGAAAAUGUGCAAUCAUCGACGUUACGAUACUCUUAUGGACAAGAUGACAACAUAGAUCUCAAGCCACCUGCCAUUGUUCCACAAUUCAGACCUGUUACUGACCAUGAAUCAGCCGAAUUUUAUUCUAAACCACAUAUUAUUGUUACUCCUGAGACAAGACCUACUCGUAUACCAGCUGUAGAAAUAAUAACAAAACCAAAUGAUAUGUUAAAUGUUGAACAAAAGAGUAAUGUUAGUCAUAUUAAUAAUUUUAAUACAAACAAUUUUGAUAGUUUCACGAAUCAAAAUUCACAUAAGGAAUAUAAAAUAGGCCAACAACAUCAAAGUAUCUCAGAAGAUAUGGUUCAAAAACAAUAUGCUAGGCCUAGUUGGAAUAUUGGCACUUUAGAUACUAACAUAUAUAUAACACAAAAGAAGUCAGAAAUAAAACAGAAUGAGCUUAUGAAUUAUACGAUUCCUGUUUCCAGUGAUAAUAAAGUUUAUCCAAGAAUACAAUCAUUGGAAACAAAAACGAAUCGUCCAUCACAUUUUCUUGAACAAGGAUUAAUCACUGGUGUACAUCCUGAAUAUCCACAUAUUAUAACAAAACCGAAACCACAGGUUCCAGACCCUGUUAUUAUCUCGAGUACUGGAAUGAAAUCAGAUUCGCAUAUCAAAUCAAACGUUCAAUUCUCCAUGCCAGUUGAGAUUACUGACAAUGAACAAGACGACAGUAAGACCCAAACAGAAAGACCUCCUAGCAUGUUAAUAAUAAAGACUAAUUCAUUGAAAAAUAAAAAUCAAGAUAAAGAGAUACUUGAAACUGCUUAUCAAACUAAUUUUGCUUCAUUAGAUUCAGUAAUUGGUAGUUCUGAAAAUCAGAAAAUGAAAACUAACUUGCACAAUAUGAGCACUCACAACAAUGUUCCAAAUAUGUUGUACAAUAUAAAAGAACCUAAAGUUCCCUCGAGAGAUAUGAUGCCACCACCUUUGAGUUCUGUUUCGUCAAAAUUAGAAGAAGAACAACAAAAAUUGAAACCUCCACCUCCACCAUCUAAUGAGGUUGUUGGUUUAUCACCUCCACCAUUGGAAAUUACAAACACGUACAGACCAUUGCAACAUAGACCAGAUCCAAUUGUUAUUAAUGAACCAGAUUUAAUAUUAUCUUCGAAAUAUAUUCCAUUACAGGAAUUAACGAAAACAAUAGUUCCGCAGCCUAGUAUAAAGUCUUCAAAUCUUAGAACGACUGUAACCAAAUUAUAUCUUGCUGAACAACUUUCUGAAAGAAUGGUACCAUCUCUUCCAGCAUUACAAACAAAAUCUUUCGAAAUAAGUACAACAAAAAUAGGUGUUUUGCCAUUUGGAUCAACCCAAAAGCCAACUGCAAGUAUAUCUAAUGCUUACAUCAACCAAUAUAUGAAAUCAAAAUACGCAACAACACAAAAUACGAUCAAAACGUCCAUUAUUAGUACGCCAAUCAUACGUUCUUCUAUUUCAACUAAAGGAAUAGAACAUUCCAGCGGGCCUAGAGCAUCAGUGCAUCAAACUGCUAUCACCAAAACAAAUACAGUUACUUCGACGCAAAUGAAAUCAUUUGGUGAUCAGAUAAAAUCAAGCAAACCGUCAUUAAAACCUGAUAUUAAACCAACAAAAUCAUUAACGUUUGAAAUGUCACAUACUCCUGUUAAAUUGGCAGAGCAACCUAUAUUUUUACAAUCAAGUCAAGAUUUUAUUUUGUCAUCUGUUAACACAGAACCUACAGAAUCUCUUACAUUUAUUGUAAACACUGACGGAAUUAAAGAAUCCAAUAAACCGAAUCAUGAAAUAAAUAAAACAUAUAAACAAAUGAAUACUACAAAAGCAGACCAAAUACUUGUAGCCGUGACACAAACAGAUAAAUCAUUAAGAAGUACUGAUUCAUUUUCAAAAGAGUCUGUAGGUUUUGAAAUAAAUGAGACAACUACUGAAACUAUGAAAUCUAACGUAGGAACAGUGAUAUAUGAAAAUACCUCUGACACAAAUAUUGGAUUAAAACCCAAAGAGAUCGUACGGAUUAAAAUGUCAACGUUGACAAAAAUAGAAACAUUUGCAGUAGGAUUACCACCAACAACAAGAACAUUUUUGCUUACACAUACGAUGACUUCGACUACUGUAGAAACAGUAACAGAAACUUUACACCAUCCAACCAAUACACUUGCUACUGUGACGUCAAGUAUUUUACAAUCUGUAGUAACGCGAGUACCAUCAAUUUAUGAAAAUAGUAUCGAUAAUGAUUCGAUCUUUGUGGUAAUGAGUGAUCAAAAGCCACCUGAGCCUGGUGCUGAAGAGGUAUGAUAAUUGAACAUAAAAAAAACCUAUAUAAAUAAAUAUAAAAAUAAAUAUAGUAAAAAUAUAAUGAGUAAAAAAGCAGAAUAUGGCGAAGAAGAUAUUUCACGGGAUGAACAAAGCCCUACAAACAAUGAGAUCCAUAGGGUUUUAGCUGGAGGUAUUUUAGGUGCACCUGUAGUACCUAUUCGACCUACUAAUCAAUGUACACCAGAAUGUAAAGGAUCUAAAGCAGAAACAUGUGUUGAAGUAGAAAAUGAAAUGAGAUGCGUCUGUCGACCAGGAUUUGCAAGAAUGUUCCCUGAUCGGCCUUGUAAACCAACCUAUACGUAUACCCUCUAUGUUGGACUGGAUCGUAUUGGACAUGAAUCUGUAACUUAUCAAGAGGGUUUGAACGAUUCUUCAUCUCUAAUAUAUAGAAGACUUGCUGGAUCAGUAAAAGAUGCUCUAGAUAGAACAUUAAUGCAAAGUGAUCUUAGAGAUAUCUAUAGAGCUCUAAAGAUUUCGAAAUUUACUUCGGAUCCAAUAAAAGUAGUAUUUUAUGUACAGCUCAGUGACAAUGCUAAUGAAACAAGAUUAAAGGAAGUUUUUCGAAAAUAUUUAGUUGGAAGUAAUUAUAGUUUGGGUGGUACUGAAGUUUAUGCUUCGAAAAAUCUUGAAUUGAUUAAUGCAUCAGACUUUGAUGAGUGUUCUAAUGAAGAGGAUGGUCCUCAUCAUGAUUGUUCACCAAAUGCAGCUUGUUUUAAUUUACGAGGAUCUUAUCAGUGCUCUUGUAAAGAAGGUUGGGCAGAUUUAUCGGAGAAUCCUGCAUAUCCUGGAAGAAUAUGUUCACAAGCACCGAUAGGUUGUGCAGGAUGCAAUAAUAAAGGGCAUUGUAUGACUAAUAUUCAUGGUCAUGAAAUUUGCGAAUGUUUCCCAUGGUAUAGUGGUCAACGAUGUCAAGUUAAUUUGAAAGUGAUGUUGAUAGCUCUGGUAACAACAGGUGCCAUCUUGUUGGGUUUGCUAGCUGUAUGUGUUGGCUUAGCAUGCUUUAGACAACCCGUUCAUAACAAGCAUACUUCUGGAGAUACUCGUGCAAUGAUUUCUGGUGCAGGUGGUGACACUAGCAGUGAAGAUAGUGUCGGAGAUGUAACUAUUCCUUAUCACGUUCCACAUGUUUUACCACCACCACCACAAAUGAUAGCACCAUUACCUCCGAUGAAGAGGCCAAUCAGAAAAAUCAGUGAAAAAUUACAUGACCCGCCAAGAAAGCCUAUUGUGGCUGUACCAGAAAUGACUAAUGAUGAACAAAGAGAUCGCUCCUUAACUGUUAUGAUUCCUCGUGCUAAAUAUCGAUCAGCUCCUCAAUCACCGCAAAAUUAUAAAACUACUCUGAGCACAUUUGUAACUGAUGAAAAUAAACUCAUAAACUACCUUGACAAUGGUUCUCAACAUCCAGGAAAUCGAAAGCAAAGUAUAUCAAGUACGAAAGAUUGUAAGGAAUCUGAUUUACAAGCUGCAAGAGCACCUGCAGUGUCAACUGGUGCACUUGUCAGUGCCGGAUUCCAGGUAUCAGCAACUGUAACAAGAAUGAUAGAUGCAGAAUCAACCUUAGCUCGAUCAUGCGGAGAAACUACUAUAGAACCACCGACAAAAGUUCUCAAAAACUGUGACAGUCAAGGCGAUCUUACGUCUACUUUAGCCCGUUCCUGUGGUGAAACAACAAUUCAAACGCAAACAAAACUACUUAGACAAGAUUUAGGUGAAGCAGGAUCUAUUUUGGCAAGGUCUUGCGAAGAAACAACUAUUCAGCCAUUUACAAAAAUAGCAGCAACUCGAACAAAUAGUAUUAAAGAUACUAGGAACAACAAAAAUUCGAGAGAUAAUGGUAGCGAAGGACACACGAUGGCUGAGCGAGAUUUGGGUAGUACUUUAAGACUUCCAGCUCACCAUCCACCACUUUAUAGCCCAGACAGAGUUAGUGAUAGAGAAUCUAAUUUUGAUUCUCUUUAAAUGAACAAGAGAGUAUAAGUAUAAUAAUAAAUGAGGAUUAAUCGAAAAAUAAUUAUAUUAAAGACACAGCCGCUGGACGGUGGUCUUUGCAGCUGGUUCAGUUGUAAAUACUGAAAUUCGAUGUUGCCAAAUAUAUAACAACAUUUAAGAAAUACUUUUCACAUGUUCAAAUGAUAAAAUGAAGAAAAACGAGAAAGAAAGUGGUAAGACCAAAAAGGACAUUUUUUUUAAACAAGACUAUUUCUAGGCUUUAUCUUUUUCUUCAUAAAAAAAGAUACCAGGAAAAUUGUUUUAUUGUAAAUCCUUAGAAAAUGUUAAAUAUCAUGGAUGCAAACAAAUUGACUAAUAUCUUGAAAAAUAUUAUUUAUUUCUAUACUUGUGUGUGCAUUUAUAAAGAUAUAUUAUAA